AACCAAGUCAGUUUGCUUCUACAUCAGGCACAGCACACAUUCAAUAACUGUUCAUUUUCUUGUAAAACUACGGGUUUUCAUUCCUGAUUCGCAAAUUAUUUGACACGGCAACAGUUUUGUUCAGUGCGUUUUCAUUAAUUUCUCUCUACGAUGAAAUUGAUUCUCGGAUUGUUUAUUGUCAUUGUGUGUUUGAGCGCAGCUCAAACGGAAACCGUGGACACGGAACCACAGGGAGAUGCGAGAAUGGGAGCAAAACAUGGGCGAUAUUUCGUUGUUAAUUCUUCGGGUCAAGUAUUGCAACGAGUUUUCGUCAAACACCAUACGGUUAAAAAUCAUGACCCAAACUCCGGCAUCACAACGUAUACGAAUUUGGAAAACAAUCAAUUAUCACACCCGACGCCGUUCAUUUAUUACAACGGGGCAUUCAGUCCUUUCGAUCAUUGGUACUUGGAAGUGACUACGCAAAACGGGCAAAUCUACAAAACGAAAACGAAUUUUUACUGCAACGUUAGCAUCAUGGACAAUGGCGACGUUUAUAUCACGAUCGAUCAAAAUCUAAAACUGAAAUUCACAUUUUCCUCUUCCUCGUCGUGCACGGAAGAACUUUUAAUUCAAAAUUAAUGAACGAAUUCGAAUUCGUUAAAUAUAAA